UGCUUAAAUAAUGCUGGGGAGAGGUUCGAGUCAAGUGGUUGGGGAUGUGUUUAUAAUAUAGUAACAAGGAAACUGGAACAGGUAACAAUAUGUGGAGUUACUGUAACGGUAGAAGAAGAAUCGCUACUUGACAAGCUCCUGACAUUGCUGCUUCCGUGUGGCAGGCGGAUGGGGUCAGCGCUGAACCGGGAAUAAGGCGGAGCUGGAGCUGGACGAGCUGCAGUCAGUGAGUUGGAUUCCUCGUUUCCGACCUCCUUUCUUGCAGUGAAAAAUAAAGCAGGCCCAGAGACCCGCAAAGAUGCACCGCAGGGGAGUUGGAGCCGGCGCCAUCGCCAAGAAGAAACUCGCAGAAGCUAAGUAUAAAGAGCGAGGAACAGUGAUGGCUGAGGAUCAGCUGGCUCAGAUGUCAAAGCAGCUGGAAAUGUUCAAGACCCAUCUGGAGGAAUUUGCCAGCAAACACAAACAGGAGAUUCGGAAAAGCUCAGAGUUCCGUGUUCAGUUUCAGGAUAUGUGUGCAACAAUUGGCGUGGACCCUCUUGCCUCUGGCAAAGGAUUCUGGUCCGAGAUGCUGGGUGUCGGUGACUUCUACUAUGAACUGGGAGUGCAAAUUAUUGAAGUGUGUCUGGCUCUGAAACACAGAAAUGGAGGUCUGAUCACAUUGGACGAGCUGCACCAGCGCGUGCUGAAAGGUAGAGGCAAGUUUGCCCAGGAUGUCAGUCAGGACGAUCUCAUUCGGGCCAUCAAAAAACUGAAAUCCUUGGGGAAUGGUUUCAGUAUAAUCCCAAUGGGAGGUGGAUACCUGGUACAGUCUGUCCCCGCAGAACUGAAUAUGGAUCAUACAGUGGUGCUGCAGAUUGCAGAGAAGAAUGGGUAUGUAACAGUCAGUGAAAUUAAGUCCAGCCUGAAGUGGGAUGCUGAACGUACUAAGCAAGUACUGGAACAUUUGUUGAAAGAAGGCUUGGCGUGGAUAGAUAAACAAGCUCCUGAAGAGCCUCAAUACUGGUUACCUGCACUCUUUUCCGAUCUAUACUCCCAAGAUGUCACUCCUGAAGAAGCUGAUGCAAGUUUGCCAUGAGGAAAAAUUUAAUACUUCAGUCCAGAGAGUGAAUAGACUCCAUCCACCUUGAGAUGGCUUUGACACCAGAAUGAAAGACUGGAUGUUCAUGUUCUGGAUACACAAAUCUUUUUGUGGCAGGCAACUUCCAGUAUCCCUGCAUAUGAUACUUGCACAAUUAAAUGGCAUUUCUCAGCCUUUGACCACUGGAAACUAACCCAAGGUAUUGUACUGCUACACACUUGGAGUUUGAAGAAAAAGUCAUUUGACACACCUGUCUGAACACUUUAACUCUGAAAGUGUAUUUCAAAAUUGCCGUUAAAGUGGUGUUGCUGCAGAUCAAGAGUUGGGAGCAGAAUAUUUGACCUGCAGAAUUGUCUGGAUAAAUCGACUGAAAUACUAAUCUCCUGCUAAAGCUUGUAAUUUUUGCUGGUGAUGAAGAUAUACAAAAUAUUGGUCAGAAGAACAACAACCAGGCAGUUGUGCCUGCCUUGCUCUCAUGAUGACUGCAGCAACAAUGACAUGAUGGUGACUUCUUAUUCUUCCCCUGACCCCAAAUCUUUGACUGACUGAGAAGUUACCACUUAGAGGCAAACCUUGGCAUUAGCAAGGUUUUGUAUUCCAAAACUCAGUUCAAUUUAAUUUUGUCAAAAGAAACCAUGUAAUGAAGAGAGUUUUAUUUUUGCACCAAGCAUUCACUCAUUUAAAAGUUUCCAGCAGUGCAUACAUCACUUUCCUAUGAUUCAUUAAAAGUAGCUUGCUGAAUGCCAGUUUUUAUGAUUGAAUCCAAAUGCAGAUGAAUACUGACUGAUGAUUAAGAUUUUCUUUUCCUUCUGCUGGUCAGGAUGUCCCCAUGCCCUGAAGCAGUUGGCAGUCUCAUAACUGGCUUUUGAGUACUUGCAUCAUUCUAAGUAGUUAAAUUGACCCUUUCAAUCAGCCCCCAAAUAUCAUCUUAUCUCCAGGGCAGGUCCUGACUCGACUUUCGUCUCUGUCUUCACAAACUACACAUCGUAAUGGUUCAUUGUACAAAUUACAAACUGACAGUUUAGAUAUGAAGCUGUGUUUCCAUGUUGCUGGAGGGAAAGGAGACAGGCACUUUGAUUUAAGAAUUCUCAUACUUUUAUUCAAACUGUUGCAUCACCUCCCCUUUUGGAAAGUGGAGGAAAAGGUUUUGAAAAAUUGCGAUGAUUGGACUACUGUGGUUCUGUGGGGGAGUGGGAGAGAUGAUGCAAACCAGUACUACAAAUCCUGUGAACAAUAAGUAUUUUGUCAGUAGAAGGUUUCUGCCUAUUUGGUUGGUAGUCAGAGGAGACAGUUUUAAAAUAGUGGUAAAGGAACUGAGAGGCUGUUGCGAAGAUGAAAAGUUAUUUACAUACUAACAGCUAUAGGGAAAGAAGGGGGAAAUUGGGAUGAAUGUGAAGUUGGCACAGACAUGAUGGGCAUAUGGCCUCUUUACGUGCUAAAUUUUGCUUUCAUUCAACUAAUAACCACAAUAAACCCACUGACUCUUUCCCAGUGUAGCUCUAAGUGGAAUAAAUUAAGUGAAUCAUGCAAUUUAGUAGGUUUUGUCAUCAGCAAAUUUUAUUGCACCAAAAAUUUGAAUUGUCACUUAUAUACAAUAUGAAACAAUAUAAACAUCAGUGCUUUUUCCUAGUUUGCAUAUUAGUUGUUAACCAUGAUUAGACAAUCUUUAACCACGUGCAUCUAUUAAAUUGGUGUCAUAGCUGAACCCAACCAGCAGUACCAGAUUGACAAUUCAAUGGUGUUUUACCUUCACUCUUGUUACCUUGAAAUGAAGUACCAGUGAGCUAAUAGAUGUGUAUAUAAUCCACAGCAAGUAAUCCGAUAGAAAAUUAUAUCCAUUUCAGAUGUGUCCAAACCAGUGGGUGAAUGAAUUAUCACCUAACAGGUAUGGGAGACCCUUGUCAGAAGAUACGCCCCACUACCCAGAUUGUUUAUCUUGUAAGGCAUCAUAACAGUGAGGUAUAGGUAAUAUGGGAAACCAAGGCAGUGAAAAGACACACUUUUUAAGUUUCCAAAAGGAGCUUUUUUUUUUUAAA